UCUUGUUUUUCCUCGAAUACUUGAGAGGAGGUAAUCUUUCAUCUGCAGCCCUCGAGAGCAUGGCGAGCGCUUGGAGGAUUUGCGUUUGUUUGUACUGCUGCUUGCCCUGGCUCUCUGCUGGCACGCAGUGCUCGCCCCGCUCCAGGGGCCGGGGGGGCUCUGCGGAGGCCCCUGCGAUUUUGGCAGCUCCUGGGGAUGCUGCCGGCCAGCAGGGCUCUGUGGAGACCCCUGCGAUUUUGGCAGCUCCUGAGGAUGCUGCCGGCCAGCAGGGCUCUGCGGAGACCCCUGGGUUUUUGGCAGCUCCUGAGGAUGCUGCGGGGCUGCAGCUGCCCCAGGGUCCGGCCCCAGCCCAUGCCCUCCUGCCCCCGCUGCUGAAGGUGCUGCGCGACCGCGGCCCCCGGGGCUGGCACGGCGAGGCGCCGCGGCUGCAGCCGGACUCCAGGGCCCUUCGCUACAUGAAGAGGCUGUACAGGAUGUCUGCCACCAGGGACGGCAUCCCCAAGGCGCAGCGAGGCCGCCUCUAUAACACGGUGCGGCUCUUCACCCCGUGCUGGGAAUGCGAGCACAGCCCGGCGCACCUGGGGAAAGGAGAUGUUCACUCGGUGGAUUUACUCUUCAGCUUGGAUCGUGUUACUGCUCUGGAGCACUUACUCAAGUCUGUCUUGCUCUAUUCCUUUGACACAUCUGUUCCCAUUUCCUCUUCCAUUACCUGCAUCUGCCAUUUAUCCCUUAAGGAACAUGAUUUUUCCAGCCAAGUUUGUCCCAGCAUUUCCCACUCUUUAGCUUUUAGCCUGCACUUUGACGUUAGGAAACGCAAAUGGGUGGAGAUGGAUGUGACUUCUUUCCUCCAGCCUCUGAUUGCUACGAACAGGAGGAACGUGCACAUGGCUCUGAACUUCACUUGUCUGACGGGUGACCCACAAGGGAGCACGAAACUGGAAAACGCUGUUAACGUGACACUGGUUCCCCCUUCCCUUCUGCUGUAUCUGAAUGACACCAGCGAGCAAGCUUAUCACCGGGGGAGCUCACUGGGGCACGGCAGGAAAAGCAGCAGCCCGCUUGUGGACCCUCCCAAGGGCGACCAAGGCAAUCCCCGGGGUAAAAGGGCCUCUCGCCAGCGAAGGAACGAGAACCCCAAAGCCGCCUCGCCUCGCAACCUGAGCGAGUACCUGAAGCAGUUUGCGCUCCCUCCGCACGAGUGCGAGCUGCACAAUUUCCGCCUGAGCUUCAGCCAGCUGCGCUGGGACCGCUGGAUCAUCGCCCCGCACCGCUACAGCCCGCAGUUCUGCCGCGGGGACUGUCCCCGCGCCCUGGGCCACCGCUACGGCUCGCCGGUGCACACCAUGGUGCAGACGCUCAUCUACGAGCGCCUGGACCCCUCGGUGCCCCGGCCCUCGUGCGUGCCGGCCGCCUACAGCCCGCUCAGCGUGCUGACCAUCGAGCCCGACGGCUCCAUCGCCUACAAGGAGUACGAGGACAUGAUCGCCACCAAGUGCACCUGCCGCUAGUGCGCUCUGCUCGGGAGGGGUGUGCGCUGCCGAGCACCGAUUUUAGUUUUGCGUUCUCAGGGUCCUGCCGCUGCCAUCCACCGAGCAGCGUUGCUGCAGCUCCGGGAGCUGGGAGUUAGCACCGAGUUAAGCAGAAGGGGGUUCACAUCAGAGCACUGCUUUUUGUACUCACUCAGCCUUUCUAGGAUGUGCAAUUAAAUGUAAAUAGCGUCUUUUUAUCAGGAGAAUGUUGCAUUUAAAAUGGGGGAAAGGUUUCAAGUACUAAAUGUCUAUUUUUAAACUGCUUUAUUACAGAUUAAAAAAGAAAAGAGAUGAAUAAAUGGCUAUCACACAUACCCUGA